GUCAAACGCGGUGUCAACUCAGCGGUCGCGCGUCAAUACAGCGUUCGCAAAUACAAAUUGUUUACAAAACUAACAUGUUACGUACGAGCGGAUAUUUGUUUCAUGAUAUAUUGUUCAGAAUCCCACGUAGUUACAACGACGUCGCUUAUUACACCAAAGAUGUAAACAUCAGAAGGGACAUCACUCCGUCGCGAAACGUCACCGCCCUCUCAGAGACUAGCGCUAACCAUAAACGGUACAAAAGCAGCGAUGCAAGGAAGAAGGGUUACGUGCCGCCGCACGGCAUGAAAGCACCCAAAUGGGGCGAGAAUCGAAAAUAUUCACCGUUUCAUUUCCCCGGACAGACCAAAGCUGAAUGGGUUUUGGCUCGAGCGGACGACAUACUCAACUGGGGCCGGAAGAAUUCGCUUUGGCCGCUGACCUUCGGCCUGGCCUGCUGCGCUUUGGAGAUGAUGCAUUAUGCUGGACCUAGAUACGACAUGGACCGCUUCGGCAUGGUGUUCCGCGGCACGCCACGGCAGACCGACGUCAUCAUAGUCGCCGGCACGGUCACAAACAAGAUGGCGCCGGUGUUCCGCAAGACGUACGACCUGAUGCCGGAUCCCAAGUGGGUGGUGUCGAUGGGCAGCUGCGCCAACGGUGGUGGAUACUACCAUUACACCUACUCCACAGUCAGGGGAUGCGAUAGGAUUGUUCCGGUGGAUAUAUACGUGCCAGGGUGUCCGCCGACGGCAGAAGCUCUACUUUACGGCAUGCUGCAGUUGCAGAAGAAGGUGAAACGCAUGAAAUCACUGCAAAUGUGGUACCGGCACUAGCAUGUUACAUUACUACGUCAUCUUGAUUACUUUUAGUACAAUAAAUUACGUCACUUAUGUGUUUUAAA